ACGGCGGGCGAGUUUCGGGGGUAACCGACCGGCUUUCGUUGCGCGGACUAUAGUAUUAGUACGUCAUCUACAGCAGCAACACGUACACGCAGUGCCGGUGAGUGAAGAGUAAUAAGCGCACGAGUCUCUCAACGGAUACCUGUGGACCUUGUAAAUUGAUCAACCGAAAUUAUUUAAUCACUAAAAAGAUUUCCAUUUCUGAAUUGACGGAAUAUAAACCUAAUGGAAUAUAAACGUAAACUAAGCGUUAUCACAAUCAGUGAUGAUGAUGAUGAAGAAAUGCACAUCCCCAAAAGAUUAAAUAUCGAUGUUGCCGAAGGAAAUUCGUAUGACAAUGUUAUUUGUACUGAUAACUCUGAGAGGUCUAAUGACAUGGAGGUUGUCGAAGAAAAUAACUCGGUGGUAAUUGAUUUAACCGGUGAUGAAGAAAGCGAAGACGAAUUGGAAGAGGAAUACCAAGGAAAUUCGUAUGACAAUGUUAUUUGUACUGAUAACUCUGAGAGGUCUAAUGACAUGGAGGUUGUCGAAGAAAAUAACUCGGUGGUAAUUGAUUUAACCGGUGAUGAAGAAAGCGAAGACGAAUACGAAGAGGAAUACCAAGGAAAUUCGUAUGACAAUGUUAUUUGUACUGAUAACUCUGAGAGGUCUAAUGACAUGGAGGUUGUCGAAGAAAAUAUCUUGGUGGUAAUUGAUUUAACCAGUGAUGAAGAAAACGAAGACGAAUUGGAAGAGGAAUACCAAGGAAAUUCGUAUGACAAUGUUAUUUGUACUGAUAACUCUGAGAGGUCUAAUGACAUGGAGGUUGUCGAAGAAAAUAACUCGGUGGUAAUUGAUUUAACCGGUGAUGAAGAAAGCGAAGACGAAUACGAAGAGGAAUACCAAGGAAAUUCGUAUGACAAUGUUAUUUGUACUGAUAACUCUGAGAGGUCUAAUGACAUGGAGGUUGUCGAAGAAAAUAACUCGGUGGUAAUUGAUUUAACCGGUGAUGAAGAAAGCGAAGACGAAUACGAAGAGGAAUACCAAGGAAAUUCGUAUGACAAUGUUAUUUGUACUGAUAACUCUGAGAGGUCUAAUGACAUGGAGGUUGUCGAAGAAAAUAACUCGGUGGUAAUUGAUUUUACCGGUGAUGAAGAAAGCGAAGACGAAUUGGAAGAGGAAUACCAAGGAAAUUCGUAUGACAAUGUUAUUUCUACUGAUAACCCUGAGAGGUCUAAUGAUAUGGAGGUUGUCGAAGAAAAUAACUUGGUGGUAAUUGAUUUAACCAGUGAUGAAGAAAACGAAGACGAAUUGGAAGAGGAAUACCAAGGAAAUUCGUAUGACAAUGUUAUUUGUACUGAUAACUCUGAGAGGUCUAAUGACAUGGAGGUUGUCGAAGAAAAUAACUCGGUGGUAAUUGAUUUAACCGGUGAUGAAGAAAGCGAAGACGAAUACGAAGAGGAAUACCAAGGAAAUUCGUAUGACAAUGUUAUUUGUACUGAUAACUCUGAGAGGUCUAAUGACAUGGAGGUUGUCGAAGAAAAUAACUCGGUGGUAAUUGAUUUUACCGGUGAUGAAGAAAGCGAAGACGAAUUGGAAGAGGAAUACCAAGGAAAUUCGUAUGACAAUGUUAUUUCUACUGAUAACCCUGAGAGGUCUAAUGAUAUGGAGGUUGUCGAAGAAAAUAACUUGGUGGUAAUUGAUUUAACCAGUGAUGAAGAAAACGAAGACGAAUUGGAAGAGGAAUACCAAGGAAAUUCGUAUGACAAUGUUAUUUGUACUGAUAACUCUGAGAGGUCUAAUGACAUGGAGGUUGUCGAAGAAAAUAACUUGGUGGUAAUUGAUUUAACCAGUGAUGAAGAAAACGAAGACGAAUUGGAAGAGGAAUACCAAGGAAAUUCGUAUGACAAUGUUAUUUGUACUGAUAACUCUGAGAGGUCUAAUGACAUGGAGGUUGUCGAAGAAAAUAACUCGGUGGUAAUUGAUUUAACCGGUGAUGAAGAAAGCGAAGACGAAUACGAAGAGGAAUACCAAGAGGUAUUUUUAUUUGAAGAGUUAAGCGAAGAAGAUAACGAAGAGGAAUACCGAGAGGUAUUUUUAUUUGAAGAGUUAAGCGAAGAAUAUAACGAAGAGGAAGUCGAAGAGGACGAUACAAGCAGCACUAUUACUAUCAGUAGUACGGAAAAUGAGUUAGAAGAAUGAAAUUCUUCAAUAUUAAUGACACGGAAUCUGAUGACUUUAAAAAGCUGAUAAGUUCGUUUAAAGAAAUUAACUUAACCUGGGGGUUCUACGGGUUUUAUAAUCAGUAAGUGGAAUACAUCUUUAACAGCAAUGUUGACGACCACGGACUCUAAUGGAUCUUGCUCUACAAGGGCCCGGCGAGUAUAGAAAAUCAGCGACCCCCAUGUCCGUCGAUUUGAAUACCGUAGUUCCCGUGAACGGUAUCGACGACUUUAUCGCACAGUCGCCAAAGGACGACGACGCCGUCGCUGCAGACGUACCGUCUCUGAUAUACGACGUCUCUGUCGCAGCUACCGACACAUCAUCGCCGAUGGACGAGGUUAGCUAUAACUAGUGAUGAUGUGCCAGAAAAUGAAAUUAAACAGGAGGUUGUUGAUUUGGGUACCGAUCCACAUUUUUAUGAAGAUAGUAAAAAAAAGGUUGGUUAUGAUCGUGGGCUUGAAGCUGAUCACAUUGUUGGAGCAACCAAGAAGAAUGGUCAUCAACAUCCUAACUCUACUGAUCAUUAUAUCUUAAAUAAUGGUUCUGCUAAAUGUAAAUUUGCUAUAUUGUACUUAUAAGACAGAUGGAUUAAAAUAGUUGAAGAAGAAGAGAAAAUAAUACUGGAAGAUCGGGUUGGCAGACGGUUAUCAACCAUUAAAAUGAAUGAUUAUAAGAUGUUGAAUUCAUAUGAAUUCAUUAAUGAUAUUCUUAUAGACUUUUAUUUAAAUAAUUGGUAUACUAAAAAAUUAAGUUAGGAAGAUAGAGAACGAACGUAUGUAUUUAGUACACACUUUUAUACUACUCUGACAAAAUCAUUUAAUGCCUCUCAUUAUCCAGCACACUACACAGCAUCACAGAUAAGACACGGAAAAGUAAGAAAAUGGACGAAAAAUGUAGACAUAUUCCAGAAAGAUUUUGUUUUUAUACCUGUGAAUGAAAAUAAACAUUGGUUUUUAGCGGUAAUUUGUUUUCCGUACCUAUCAGGUAAAGUUAAUAUGAGAGAUGGAACUCCAGUAAAUGAACCUUAUGAUGAUGCUGGUGGAUAUCCAUGGCCACGCAUUACAUAUUCUGCUGUUCGUGAUCGUAGUGAAGCUGACUCUAAUGAUGAAGAUCUUUGUUUGUUUGAUAUGGCAUCAAGAGUAAGAAUUUUUUUACUAAUAAUCCAACGCAAAGCGCCCUAGGGGAAGACCUCGGCAACGAUGGCGGAAUAGAGUCAAUGCAGUUGCACACCAUAUUGUUGGUCCAACCGGGAAUUGAUCCGGAAACAAGAAUAUGUAUCAGUUACAAUUCUCUUGAAGAAUGCAUGAAUGGAAUUUGUGGGUUCUAUGAAGCAUGUCUGAUGAACUUAAAUCCAACUGUCACAACUUUUACGUAUGAAAUAAUUCAGCUGUUUGAUUUUCUUGACAAUCUAACACAUAUUUCAUGUCUUGUGUAUCAACCAGAUACCAUGAUGUAUGUCCAAUUAGACAAACAAAUGAUAAAAGUGGAGUUAUUUAUCCAAUUGGGAUGUCAAACUAAUCAACGUCCAUAAACAUUAUGAGUAUAAUGAAAUGUUUAAUUAUAAUAUUAUGAGGCUGUUUUUUCCAUAAGCAAUGUACAAGUUAUUCUUUGUUAUUUGUCAAAUAUUCCAAAUCUCAGA